CGGUUUCAGACGAAGAUGAAAUUUCUACAAUAUUUUUAUAUUUAUUUUUGACAUUUCUGCAUUUAGAGCACUGUUAUAAAGUCGUUUGGCAGUCAUGUCAAGCAGAGCCCUGCGUAAACUACGAGGGAAUGAUUUAGACAAUUUAAACAUCCCAGAAGAUAUAUCUGAUGGGGAGGCUGAUUCGGUUAAUCCAGCUUGUCAGAAAAGAAAUGCUUCCAAAAAGAAAAAGGCAAAUGUCGGAAAUCUGUUUGAUUUGUUAGGUGAGGAGGAAGGUAACCAGUCUGAUGAUGAGAACCAGUCAGACAAGGAACCAGACCAGCCAGAGCCUGAACCAGUCCAACCAGCGCCAAAGAAGAAAAGAAAGAAAAAGAAGAAAAAAAACAAGGAACAAGAAAAAAAUGACAUUGAAGUGAUUGAGGGAGAGGAUGAGAUAGAUGCAGGCCUUCGAGAGGUGAACCAGUUACUGGACAACGCCAACAUCGGAGAGGCCAACUUCUCUACCACCAGUGAGGCCUUACCGUGCUGCAAGGCCCUGCUCUCUGUUGAACAUAAAAAUCUCAACCCAGAUACUGAGCUGAAGAGAAUUUUUGGAUCAAGAGUGAUCAGAGAGGAAGGCAUGCGUCGGCGACACCAGGGUAGAAGGAGACAGAAAAGCACAUGGCUGGCCACUCCACAAGACUCGUGGCCUCCUAUAGGCAGAACAGGUUUGUCGAUGCGGAUGAUCGAGCAGCGUAAUGGCUGCCAGUUCUUCGUAUUUGAACAUUCACACAGCUACCAGAAGGUUCAGUUCCAGUUCUAUGAUGCUGUCGAAUCUCUCAACCCACAAAAUAUUGGGGACAUCAUAUCUAUGCAUCCCUAUCACAUCGAUGCCAUGAUUCAACUCGGUGAAGUGUUCCGCAUGAACGAAGACAUGAACAUGGCUGCUCAACUCAUUGAGCGAUCAAUGUAUGCAAUGGAGAUGGCCUUCCAUCCACUUUUCAACCUGGCUACAGGCACGUGUAGACUCGAAUAUAAAUACAGGGAAAACAGGUGUCUGUAUCUCGCCUUAUUUAAGCACAUAGCUUCAUUAGGCCAACGAGGAUGCAAUAGAACAGCAUUAGAGUUUUGCAAACUUCUCCUAAGCCUGGACCCAGACAAUGACCCACUGUGUGCUUUACUUAUGAUAGACUUCUAUGCUGUGAGGGCCACAGACUAUGAGUUCCUCAUCAGGCUGUACAACGAGUGGGAGGCUCAUCGGAACCUGUCUCAGCUGCCCAACUUUGCUUUCUCCCUGGCGCUGGCCUACUUCCUGCAGGCAGAGGGUGGGGACACCACCAAAGCAGAUAAACAGCUGCAGGACAGCCUGCUGAUGUUCCCGGGAGUGUUGAACCCACUUCUGGACAAGUGUGGUGUGCAGGCUGAUAGCUCAGCCUCGCAUGCAUUCUUCACACAGCCAGAAUACUGUGACCCUGUGGCCUUGAAGCAGCUGGAAGCCCUGUAUGCAGGUCGAUGUCAUGUGUGCUGGAAGGUUCCCGAUGUCCUGGAGUGGCUGGAGACUAAUGUAAAGGUCGUACUGGACCUCGUGCAGGCGGGGGACACAAGGGCCCAAACAUACAAAACAAAGCGAUUGUCACGGUACAAGGGCACACCUAGGAACAUAUACCGUCACAUUCUCAUAUCAGAAAUACCCUCGGCUACUGCUACACUUCCCAGGGAUGUCGCCAGUACAGUGCUGAGUUAUGACCCUUUACCACCUGUUGACUCAGUGGACGCCUACACAAGGCCAGCAAGGCCGAAUCAAGCCCAGGUGGAUGGUAGUGCCAUGUCCAUGUUCCUGCGAUCACUUCUGCCAAAUUUUAACCCUAAUGAGCCGGUGCCAGAGGGGGCAGUGGGAGGAGAUGGACAGCCCCUGAGGCAGGGUGUGGGGGCAUUGAUGGAUGCCAUGCGGGACCUGCUCAACAACAUCCAAAUGGUGGACCACCAUGGUGAUAGGCAGGAGGGUGGGGAGGAACAAGCAGAGGAGGAAGACCUGCAGGAAUGGGACUGACACACUUGGAGUUGACAGGGUGUGGGGAGGUUCCAUUUGCCUAUGGUGGGGGAGUAAUCUUGCAUUUGCUACUGGGUGUACCUAUGUAUUCACAGGACUGGUAAAAGUAGAACUAGUCAGUAUUGUAUUGACUAAGUACUGCUUGGGUAAAUAGUUAAUAAAUGGAAAAUGAAAUGGUGCAAUACUAGUAUACAUGCAAAAUGUCAAAAUAGUUUGUUGAUAAGCAGUCCAAUAUCUGCUGAAAAUGCAAUAUGUAUUGAAACAUCACUUUUCUUCCCCCUAUUUAAGUACUGGAAUAUCAAAGAUUAUGACCAGUUGCUUGUUGGAAACUGUAUUUGAAAUAUGUUGAGGAAUUUUGUAGGUGUAGGACUUAUGUUGCUGGUUCGUCUGUUAAAUAUUUAUCUCAGAAAUAAAAUUAUGGUGCACAGCUACUCAAAAUCUUUUCCAAAUACAAGGAUUUUAGUAGUAUAUUAUUGAAAGGAAUGUUUUGUUUUUUGAACUAUGACUUGAUAUAAAAAAAACUUGAUUGCCUCAAGUUGCUUACUGUAUGCUGUGUUACAUGAUUCUGCAUAUACGUGUGUGUAUGUGCUUGCUCUUAUUCUGUUAUGGUUUUAAAGUAUUGAAUUAUGCAAAUAAAAUAUGAAAACAUGCAA